AUGCAGGAUGUUGCCAAUGGUGUUCUACCAAAUGUACUGCUCUUUGGAAUCAUCAGUCUAUCUGCCAGAUUUUCAACCGAUCCAUUCUUUAGAGAAAUUGACCCACGAAUACGCGGCCGGCCGUACGCACAAGAAGCAGAGCACCUGUUGAACCUACGAGAAGUUUCUCUUACCACCAUCCAGGCUAGCGUGCUGAUUGGGGCCUAUGCCAUUACCGAAGGUGAUGCUCAAGCUGAGGCGGUAUGCUACGGCAUCGCCUGCCGCAAUGCUUUGCUGCUGGAUCUGCCGAACAUGGCCAUGCCGUCCCGGGUAGAACAAGAAGUGAACAGACGAGCUUGGUGGACGCUCAACAUGAUUGACGUUUGGAGCUCGAAAGGUGUUGGCAUCCCACGUUCGAUACAUCCGCGGAGCGAUGUCCCCUAUCCGAUGGAAGAGACUGUGUUCCUACAACUUCGCCGCGAGGACUUCGACUUACCAAGUCCAACCAUGAUGCAAGAAUCUGCCGCUUCCCUGCUCACUCAAAUGGUCAAGCUUAAUGCAAUUUUGGUCGAGAUUCAGAACCUCAAUCAGCUCGCAGCAUCCUAUCCUGUCUUUCAAACAGGCCACAACCAAACAGUGGACGAUUUGACGCAGCGGCUUGAGGGCUGGUACAACAAUCUUCCCAUCGAGCUCCAGGAUACACACGCCAACCUCUCCCGCUACACGUCCCUUGGCCUGGGCCCAAUCUACUACAACUACGGCCAACUCCUCUACUACCAGUUCCUCCACGAAGACGCCUACGACGACACCACCUUCGCCCGCUUCUACGCCGACAAAUGCAAGUCCCACGCCGCCGGCCUCCUCGACAUCACCUACCGUGCCUUUGCGCAACCCGGCUGCGAGGUGUACUACACCAUGGUAGGCCACAUCCUCGUCAUCGCCUCGACCGUCCAGCUACACACCCUGCUCUUCAGCGCCGAUGAAGUCCAGAUCCGCGCUGCACGAUCGCGGCUAGAGAAGAACUUCGAGAUCCUGUCAAAGCUACAGACGUUCUGGCCGACGCUGGACGCGAGCUUCACGAGGUUCAGAGAGUUCCACAAGGCGUGUCAGAAGAGUAAGGAGGCUAGCUUCCGGAUGGAUCGGUGGAUGUUGCAGUUUCUGUUCGAGUUCGCGAAGCCAGUGGGUGAAAAGGAGGGAGAUGAGUUGGCAGAGCUGCAUGAUUGGAGUAUGAGUGAGCUGGGAUUUAGUCCGUUUGCUUCGAUGAGUGAUGGGGCGCGGGAUGUUGUGAUGGUCUGA